AUUUGAGUAGCGUCGAUAUUCGAAUGCUAUGUGCAUUUUUGCUUGAACAGGAUUGCAGAUCAACAGAAUUACUGAGCCGAUUUUUUAGUCUUCCAUCUUCCUUUCAUCUAUCUUCCAGAAUCAUGAUGUCGUGUGUAGAUGCCAUCGAUGGAGUGAGGCCCGGACACAGAAAUAAAGGACAAAUUCAGGUCAUCUUUGGGCCUAUGUUCUCUGGUAAAACGACGGAGCUGAUCAGGAGGAUAAAGCGUUAUCAGAUUGCGAAUCACUACUGCCUACUCGUCAAAUACGACAAAGAUACAAGAUAUGACAAGGACGGCGUAGCAACUCAUGAUAUGCAAGUGUGUAAAGCUACUUCUACUAGCGAUCUAUCUUCUAUAGCAGAGCUUGCUGAGGAGUAUGAAGUUAUAGGAAUUGAUGAAGGCCAAUUUUUUCCAGACUGUGUGAAGUUCUGUGAAGAAAUGGCCAACCAAGGCAAAGUUAUCAUCGUAGCUGCAUUAGAUGGAACAUACCAAAGAAAGGGUUUUGGUGAUAUCUUAAACCUUGUCCCCAUUGCUGAGAGUGUCAUCAAACUCAACGCUGUCUGCAUGCACUGCUACAACGAAGCUUCGUAUACCCGGAGGAUAGGAUGUGAAACAGCUGUGGAAAUCAUAGGGGGUGCCGACAAGUACAUGGCAGUCUGUCGUGACUGCUACUUGCUCAGUCCAAGCAAGAUCAACGACAACAGCAACUGUACUCCAGUCACGUUAGACACAACGCACAAAGCUAACAAACAAGGGAGGCGGCUAUUCCAAUCGCCCAGCAGUGACGGCGAGUCCAGCAUGUCGCCUUGACUACGGUGAAUCAUUUAAAAGUUUUUGAUGAACUUCUUAGAAUUGUAAAUUGGUAUUAUGCAUUAUUGAUUUUUAAUUGUUAUGCGUGGUCUUUUAAUUAAAUCUUUGCUCAGGCAGAUAUAUAACUUAUAAAGUAAUACUGUUCGUUAUUUCAUCAAAAUUUAAUAUGACUAUUGUAGAGUAAUCUGUUUGAAGUUAAAAGCAAUCAUCAAUUAAAUUGAGAGAAAUGACACGGCCAUGAAAACCUUCACACAUUUUAAUUAUUUUGUAUACGCUAACAUAAAUUUACCCUGGAUUUAGGAACAGACUAGAAAUUUUGUCAUCAGUUUUCAAUUAUGACCCAAAAGACUUCCCUUCAUUCAAGAAUAUAUCAAUGUGAAAUUGAGGAAAAGUUUUUAGCAGACAAAAUUGUUCUAGGUUUUGGCAUUCUAGAGAUAUUUUCUCUUUCUUUUUUUUUUAAAUUGGAAAGCACAUUUGAACAAUUUCUUCUAGUUUAGCUGGUAACUUUGUCACACAAAGUCAUCUGACUAGAACUGUAAUGAAUUGUUAAAUGUACCAACUGUCUCCUCAUUUUUACUAUGUGCCAAUUUU